UGAACGACGAACGUCAAAAAUUCGAAAACGACUCAAAAAGCGGUUUUAUGGAAUUUUUUCUGAUAAAUUUUAACACAAAUUAACGUCCACCAGAAUGAUUUCGACGCCCAAUUUAGAGAAAAUUUGCUUGUUUGAAAAAGACCGAGUGAAAAGUUUCAAAAAAUGGCCCUAUCCAAGCGCCAGUUCGUGUAACGUUCAAAAGAUGGCCGAAGCGGGCUUCUGCUGGCACGGUGACGACAACGAGGAAGACACAGCCAUCUGUUUCGUCUGCGGGAAGGUACUAGACGGUUGGGAAGAAACCGACGAGCCGUGGGUGGAACACAAAAAGCAUGCCCCCCAGUGUCUGUUCGUCAAGUACGGCCGACCGGAAGGGAGUUUGACGCACGAAGAAAUGACAAAUUUGCUAGAGGCGAUCCUGAAGGGAAGGCUUCAGAAUAAAUACAAUGCACUGAAAGACGCAGAGCACGCGAAAAUUGAGAAGAAGCGAAAGGAAAUGAUCAAACAUCUCUCGAAGCAUUGAAUACUGAAUAAUUUUACGACGGACUAGCAUUUUACCUAA